CUCUUGCCUCCUGCUACCAUCUCUCUUUUCUGUAACAGUCUGCUUCGCUUUGUGUGCACGCUGCAUCAUGAUGAAUGUGGACUGCAUCUGGGGUCUCUCCUUGUUCCUGUCUCUGAGUUUAGGAUGGACAAAGGCUCAGCAGACCAACCACACCAGGCCUGUGUUCUACUGUGGGGGAGACCUGGUCACAGACUCAGGCUUUGUUGGCAGUGAGGGGUUCCCGAGCUUCUACAAACCCAACAGCAAAUGUACCUGGCGUAUCACCGUCCCAGAGGGAAAUGUAGUCAUGCUCACUUUCCGAAUUUUUGACCUGGAGGCUGACUCACAAUGUCGCUAUGAUUAUCUGGAUGUUUACAAUGGCCAUUCCAACUUGGUGCAAAAACUAGGCCGCUUUUGUGGAACUUUCCGUCCUGGCGCUCUUAUUUCUACCACAAACACCAUGAUGCUAGAGAUGGCGUCUGAUGCUGAGACACAGGGCAGAGGGUUUGUGGCCUAUUUCAGUGGAGCCAAACCAUAUGUAGAUGACCACCAGUUCUGUGGGGGAAGGAUGACAAAGGACCAGGGAGAGAUAAAGACGCCCAACUGGCCUGACAACAAAUACCCUGCAGGAACCAGCUGCUCCUGGCUCAUCACUGUGGAGCCUGAUAUGGUAAUCCAGGUGAAGUUUGGUAAAUUCGUCUUGGAAGCUGACGCCUAUUGUCGGUUUGACUAUGUGGCGUUCUUCAACGGUGGAACGAAAGAUGAUUCGAGGCUGAUUGGAAGAUACUGUGGCGAUCGGGCCCCACAGCCCUUCAUUACCAGCGGCAAUGUGCUACUGGUCCAAUUUGUGUCUGACCUCAGUGUGACAUCUGACGGAUUCUUUGCCGACUAUACCAGCGUCCCACGUGGUUCUCAGAUUUUAACAUUCGACUCAGGAGCCGACACAAGGUCCAUCCCCUCAAGGCCUGCAGUGAAACCGGCUGCACCUAAACGUCCUGCCGCCACCACACAGCCACCCGUCCCCACCGCCAAAUAUGUGCCAUCUAAACCCAAACCAGUGAAACCCACGAAAGGCCGUGGACAAGGCACCACAGGGAAUGACGGGACAAGACCAAAGAGGCCUGUCCAUCAAAACCCUCUGUGUGCCAAAGCCUGUAAAAGAGACGGAACCAUCAAGACCAGUUUCUGUGCCAGUGAAUUUGUGAUAACCGGGAAGGUGAACUCUCUUUCCCCCGGUCCCCGAGGCAGUCUUCUUAUUAGCAUCUCCCUCACUAAGGCCUACAAGGCAGGUCGACUAACAAUUACGCAAAUCGGAGAGAACAUGUCGGUUAAACUGGUGUCACAGUGCAAGAAGUGCCCGUUGCUCCGCAGAGGUGCCAACUACAUUAUCAUGGGUCAAGUUGGCGAAGACGGACGUGGUACCCUGGAACCCGGUGCUUUCACAGCUCCGUACAAACCACCUCAUCACAAAUUAUUAGUGAACAUCAGCAAGCAACCAUGUUAAUGCCACACAUCUGUAAAGGCCAGGACAUUUAGACGACAUAUCAAACACACAAAUCUAGACAAAUGUGAAAUACAGACCUAUUAAAGUAUUACAGAAAACAUAACAACAGUUUCAUCCGACAUUUUUAAGAAAUACAAAUAUUUUUAUUCACACCCUUGCCAAACCUUGUCUACCUUUGUAAAUUAUAUGAAUAAAGGUUUUAUAUAUCUUUCAAA